GUCAAAGUGUUCCUUAUCCUUCAAGAUCUUUUCUCGUUCAAUGCCAUUGCACCCAUGCCUCACAAAACGUCUCACAGGUUCCGCAAUUUUCGACCGAAGCGGAAAAUGGCGACAACCAAGCCAUCUAUGCCACUUGACCAAGAUUAAUGAUGGGAUGUUUAGUAAUAAAAUUAGCUGCUGACGUCCUGCCGUUUGUAUUCCUUGGCAUAUUUAUUGCACCACUCCGCUGCUUCGCAGUAUUUAUAUAGCUCUGCCCACAACUCAAGAGAAAUUUACCUCACCUAAAAAUAGAAGCAACAAUAUUGUCAAAAAAAAAAAAAAUAGAAGCAACAAGACGAAGGAUAGACCAAAACAGGGCGAAUCUGAUCGGAGUCGUGAUGAAGAAGAGCCCAGUUUGGAAUCAGAAAGGGGGUUUACUAGGGCCAAACUACAGGGAUGGAAGCCAAAGGGGAUGGAGCUCAGAAAGGGUGGCACAGGGAGCAAUGAGCAGCAGAAGGCACGCUAGUUUGGCAGGCUUGACUCCGUUCAACAGUGGAAGAACGUUUCCCUCUAAAUGGGACGAAGCAGAGAGGUGGAUUUGUAGCCCUGUUUCAGGUUAUGUCAGUAACAAUAACAAUACCAAAGCACAUGGCCAUCCUCAUCGUCGACCCAAAUCCAAAAGUGGCCCUAUCGUCCCACCUCCAAAUGGAAUGGCCUUCUACUCCAGUUACUCCCCCACUGUACCUCUGAUCGAAGGCUUGGAUAUCAAAAAUUUGAUGGCGGCUUCCCCUUUUUCCACGGGAGUAUUAGCACCCGAUGCUUUGUCUGUUCACCAUCAUGAGGUAGAGAAUGGAGUUCGAUGCCCGUGUCCAACGGUCGGUGGAAUUGGUUUGAUGCCGUUGUGCAGUGCACCCAGGUGGUCAGAUCUCUUGUGUGAACCUUCAUCGCCUCACUCUCAAGAAGAGAGAGAUGAUGAUGACAGCAAGAAUGCGAAUGUUGAGAUGUCUCCUAUUUCAAAACGGGAUAAAGGAACGCAGAUGAGCCCGGAGGCCGAGGAUGACGAGCAUCCACAGGAAAUAUCUUGUCCGCCUUUGGCCACCGACCAACAAGGUGGUUAUUCCACUAAAUUAGAAGUAAGAGACGUGGAGGUGGACAGUCAAGCGCCUAUAAUUAGGUGGUCCAAGAGGCAUGCAACCAAAAUGACUAGAAACGCUUGGCCGCAAGCCAAAAGUUUCCGAGAAACUAGUACAGAAGCAGAAGAUUCAUCUUGGGAUAUCAUAGUUGCAGAUUCAAAUUCAACAAUAAACGCAUCCAAGGUACAAAGAGAGGAAGCCAAGAUCAAUGCGUGGGAAAAUUUGCAGAAAGCGAAGGCAGAAGCAGCAAUACGGAAACUUGAGAUGAAACUGGAAAAGAAGAGAUCGGCAUCAGUGGACAAGAUUCUAAACAAGCUGAGACGGGCGCAGAUGAAAGCGGAAAAGAUGAGAGGAUCAAUACCUGAACAAAGGGGAGGCCAUGGGAGGAUAAAAAUUUUUAAAUUUGCGCAGAUAUGGCCUCGAAGAAGCUGCUUCAGCGGCCAAGACCUAUGAAUGAUCCUCCUCUCACACACAGAAAUUUGAUUGAGGAAUUUAAAUUUCCAGGCUGUCCAAUGAUAGGUAGAGAGCAUAUGGAAACAUUUUAUACAGACUGAGAAAAGCAAGUAGAUCGGUCUCCUGAUUCUGAGAUCUGUAGGGUGAAAAUAAUACAUGAUGGUUUCCGGGGACACUCUUUGAUUUUCUUCUUGCUGCUCGACCGUAUCUUUGAUGAUCUCGGCUAAUUCGAGCAUUCGUGCCCUUGGUCGUUGCAACUUCUUUGCCGUCCCCUCCCAGAGGAAAAAGCCAGAAAAAGGGAUCAUUAAAGAGUAUUGUAAGUACCCAUGAGCGAAAAAUUCCCCUAGUUUAGUUGCUGUCCCCUGAUUUAUUAUUUCUUCAUCAUCAAAAUAAAAUACAAAUACCCCAAGUUAUUCUAUCUAUAAGCUUUGAAUAGUACAACUUAUUUCACAUUCUUUAUGUAAUACAUGGACCUAUAUCCAGUCAUUCAUUUUGUUUUGGAAUGGCAUAUUAUUUUACAU